AUGCGUGGCUGCAAGGCUGAUGAUGGUGAGCACAAGCUCACAAAAUUCAAGCUGGUGACAAAUCCUCUUGUGAAAGAGGUGUACAUCACCAACCUCUGCCAGCUCACCACUGGCCUCCUCAGCACCAUUGAGGAGGUGACAACUGCCUCAGCCCCCCCCCCAUCCUCUGUCACUGCUGCUGCUGCUCCACUCCCACUCUUCAGCAUGGAUGCUCUUCUUACACUCCAGAAGGAGCAAAAAGACCUCUUGGAGGCAAUUCUUUGA